AUGGCAGGCUUCUCUAUACAUCCACUGCUACCGUCUCUGAAAACCAAGGUAACAGCUAUACAUCAACAUGACGACCGACUAUACGUCGGAUUAGCAAAUGGUUCCCUCCAGAUAUACUCAUGCGAAACCUCUUCUGGGGACGAAUUACCGAAUGUCGGAUUCCUCAAGACGCAUGCUCUGGGUAGGAGACAGAUAGAUCAGAUAGGCGUUUUAGGGGAAUCCAAACAACUUAUAGUCUUAUCUGAUACCGUGGUCACUCUUUACUCUCUACCUGAUUUACCGAAGAAGGGAUCUAUCGUCCUGAAUCAAGCUAGAUCAGCUCACUGUUUUGCCAACACCGUGUAUACCACCUCCAAAGGGAAGAAAGCCGAUUCAGACGCUAAGAAUGCAGUAAGGGAGUUGCUGGUAGUCGGGUGUAGGAAGAAGGUGGUGGUUUAUGGUGUAGGUAAAGAGGGGCUGAAAGAAGGCUGGGAACUCAACUUACCUCAUUCACCUCGAAAUAUAAUAUUUCCUUCACCUCCUUCAUCGACAUUACCAGAAACGAUCCAUCUCCUCUUCACUCCUCAGACAUCUGUGCUACUUCACAUCAAUCCUUCAUCAUCUGCAAAUCGCCUUAACGUAUCUGACAUCGCAACGGCGCCUCCUCCGCCGUCCACUUCGUCAAGCUUGACCACCGAGGAGGGCGGUACGACGGGGAUAACGAUGGGUAUGGGAGCUCUAACUGGACUAGGCGGGUAUGUAGGACUCGGUGCAAAGUCUUCUGCUCCAGUGGGAGCAAGGACCGUCGGAGGGGAAGUUCUGCUAGCUAGGGAUGAUUUGGGUGCCUUUUUGUCGAGCGAAGGCAAUUAUACAAGAACAGAAUCCCUACAGUGGCCUGGACCUCCUGAUGCACUAGCUUUUGCAAAUCCAUAUAUCUACUCGGUCGUUCCUGUUAUACCAUCCUCAUCCACUUCAACUUCCUCUGCGGUACUUGUUCCUACUGUUCAUAUACACCUAGCUCCGACAUUAGCUCUACGCCAAGCACUUAGCCUACCAGCCCCUUCGACAGGUGGCCUGGCGGUCAGUCACCUGGCUAAUACCAAAGACGCUAUACCAUCUUCAAUACCGGCUGAGAACAUGUCCCCUGCGAUCAAGAUGUUGAUUGUCUCCAAUCCAACCGAUAGACACUUGCUUCAAUCAGAAGGAAGCUCAAUAUGGGCUUUGAGGUCAAGCGAUAUAGCAGAAGAGGUAGAUCAACUGGUCAAAGAAGGUAGAGUAGGGGAUGCCAUUGGUCUGGUGGAAGCGGUAGGGCAGAAUGGGUUAUCGUCUUCGCGUCGUUUACCCCAUCUCAAAACAUUACAAGCUGUCACUCAAAUUGCUAAAGGAGAAUACCAAUCUGCCAUGGAGACCUUCUUGAUCUUCAAUGUCAAUCCUGCUCUGGUCCUGUCCCUUUUCCCGGCAGAGACGAUCUCAGGUAGAUUGCAUGUACCUCAAGAUCGGUGGAUGGAGUUAUUCAGUGCGGUCGAAGGAGCCAAGCUCGAACCGAACAUCAGCCCAGAGAAAGAAGAAGGCGUGGCCAAAGGACUGUUGAAGUCUGUUGCUGGACUAGGUGGAUUGACAAAAAAGGGAAGUGUGACAGGUUUGAGGGAGAUGGCGAAUGAUACUGCUAGUAUAAAAAGUGUGAAGAGCGUGGAUAAAGAUGGAGAGAAAGAGAAAGUACCAAUAAUGAAGGAUGAAGAUCCUGUCCCGCCUCGAGCCGCACUGGAAGCAUUGAUGUACUUCCUAUCUGACCGAAGACAGAAACUUGCUGGAGCCAUCUCAACACAUCCAUUACCUGAACAAUCCUCUUUCCCACCCUUGUCGUCCCUAUCAGCUGAAGAACAGCAUAAUCUACCUUCGUUUCCAUUUACCGAACUCUCGCCUGAACAAUUACUCAGAGUGGCUCAGGUCAUAUAUACGGGGUUGAUCAAGGUAUACCUAGUGGCUAGACCUGUAUUGGUGGGAAGUCUAUGUAGGAUUGAAAAUUGGUGUGAUGUCGAGGAAGUAGAGGAAUUGCUGAAAGCUCAAAAGAAAUUCGGCGAUCUGAUAGAUCUGUAUCAAGGCAAGAAGAUGCAUUCCAAAGCUUUAAAAAUGUUGCAUGAACUGGCAAAAGAUGAAGAAGAUAAACUCGAUAGAUAUCCACCUACGAUCCGAUACCUUCAAAAGCUUGGUCCAACCGAAUUGGAACUGAUAUUGGAAUCGUCAAAAUGGAUAUUUGAAGAGGACCCGAAGAUGGGAUUGCAGAUAUUUACGGCAGAUGAACCAGAAGUGGAAUCUCUACCUCGAUCAGAAGUCAUGCGGUUCCUUGAGAAGACCAAUGAAGAGGCUUGUAUCGGCUAUCUCGAACACGUCAUUAACAGUUUGGGAGAAGAAGGUCCGGAUUAUCAUGAUAAGUUGGCUGAGCUGUACCAUAGUAGAGUGAAGAGUGAAGAGGGUAAGAGUGGUGAUGAUGAGAAACGUCAAGAAGCGUAUGGUACAUUGCUCGAAUUCCUGGAAAAGUCAAAACAGUAUAGACCUUAUAGAUUGAUCAGUAAACUUGCUGCUGAAGAGAUGCCCGAAGCUCGAGCGAUCUUACUAGGCAGGAUGGGCAAACAUGAAGAAGCCUUGAAGAUCUACGUGUACAGGUUGAAAGACUACACAGCAGCUGAAACAUAUUGUAUUCGAGUAUAUCCUUCAAAUCCUGAUAUUUUCUUAACUUUGCUCAAAAUCUACUUGCGACCAUCGUCCAUCUCGACCUCGACCAAAUUCAAUGAAAAGGAAAAACCAGAACCAUUAUUGGAACCAGCCCUGUCAUUAGUAUCGAAACAUUCUACUUCCCUCCCUGCUUCACCGGUGUUAGACCUCUUACCUCCCCUUGUACCCAUUCAAGAUGUCCAUCAAUUCUUUAUGCGGACUUUGAGGGACAGUCAUACGAGGAAGAACGAAUCGAAGGUUCUCAAAAGUCUGAUAAAAGGUAGGAAAGAGGAAUUGGAUAGGAUGUUAUUGGGGUUGGAAACCAAGAGAGUCAGAGUAACGGAUCAGAGAAUAUGCCCUCAAUGUCACAAACGACUUGGUCAAUCGGCUAUUGCAGUUCAUGCACCCAGGGGUGAGGUGACUCAUCUUCAUUGUAAAGACUCGUUCAGUAGCAAGCUGGCAAAACUGAGGGGAUAG